UUGCUAUGAAAAACAAAUAAGUGCAACUCGCUGCUGUCUAAUAAGAUGACAAAAUAGUUCAUAUUAUACUAUAGUAUACAUAAAUUACAAAUUUAUAUUACCAUAUUUACAAAGAAGGACUUCAUUACAACUCCGUGUUUAAGAUAACCUUAAAACGCUUCUCUCUGUCAUUCUUUUAAAAUACAAGCAAGUGAUGCCUCCUCCUGAGACGAUGUACUGCGCCCAGCAGAUCAACAUCCCUCCAGAGCUGCCGGAUAUUUUAAAGCAGUUCACUAAAGCUGCAAUCAAGACACAGCCACAUGAUGUGCUGCAAUGGGCAGCUGACUAUUUUUCAGCAUUAUCAAAAGGUCAGGACCUACCAGUCAAGGAGAGGCUGGAAAUGCCAGUGGCAACUCAGAAAACAGACACAGGGCUUACACCAGGGCUUCUAAAGAUCCUUCAUCAACAGUUCGCACCAAAAGAAACGAUUACAAAAGAGGAGCUUCUUCAGAAGUGGAAAGGCCUGUGCUUACCUAUUGAACAGCUCGACACAAUCCUAGCUCUUGGCAGCUUCAGUGAAAAUAUCAACUGGAUGCAGGUUUUUGCUUUAGGAUGCAGUGCUUUGGGUGGGACCAUCACAAGUGCUUUGAAACAUGCAUGUGAGAUACUCACAGAGGACCCCCAGGGUGGUGCAGCCCAGAUUCCUUUUGACACGUUUCAGAGUCUGUACACAUACUUGGCCCAUCUGGAUGGAGAAAUUCCUAAAGAACAGAUUGAUAGCUUCUUGCAUAGUUUAGAGGAGUAUGCAGAAUGCCAAGGAGGAAUGGUGCAACCGUCAAAUUUGACGAGCCUCCGUAGUGCUGAGAAACCUGAGUAAAAUCCAGUACAAAUGGUCCUCAGAGAAGCAGUGGCACGGCAGCAGGCACCAGUCUCCCAGUUAGUCUGAUAUGCCCUUUUGAGGAUGGAAAGAGGCUGUGCACUAAUUUGGAACCAAAUGGAGCUACUCAACCUUCACAGACCUGUUAAUGAAGGCUAUUCUCAACAUAUUCUCUGAAAUGAACUGAUUGACCCAUCAGUAAUCAAGCUAAUUUUAGAUUGACAGCCUUUUCUGAAUGAUGAUACAGUCCCAUUAGCUAAUUUAUGAAAAACUAUUUUUAGCAAGCAUAACAAUCUAAAACUGGUGUAAAUUAGAAAGCGACUCAAAAAUCGUUGUUUGAUACAGACAUCAUCUUAAUAUCAAAGCUUGCUGGUCAAUGAUUCUAUUUUAAGUGCUUUUGAAUGAUUUAGAGUAGAUACCGUGUAAACUUUACUCAGUAUUAAGUUCUCUCUUCUUGAUCGGCUUCUGAGGCUUUAUUAACCUAAUCAGGCCAGAGUGCUGAGCUAAUGUAACUGUCUAAGACCUAUUAGCACUUAGCAUCAUGCUUCUUUUGAAAUUGGUUUAUUAUUUGAGCUGUCAUAUUUUUAAAAACUAUUUUGGGGGUUUAAGGUUUGUGGUGUUUGAUUGUUAAAAUUGGAAGUUGUAAAAUGUAAUAUAACUUUAAAGAAAAGGUU